AUGAAUAACGAAACAUCGAAAAAUGUCGAAUGUGUUGUGGAGGAGGUGCUAGUUAAACCGAUAGAUACUGUUGAUUUGAAUGCUAUGACUCGAAAAGAGAAAAUGAAAUACGUCAAAUCCAAUAUUACUGUAGAACCAAUACUGACUUUGUUCAUGGUGCCUAGUGUGUUGACCCUGCUUGCUGCGCAGAACUUGUACAUAGACAAGGCAUGCCGAGUGAAUCUUCAGUUUGGUGACGAGGUGUGUAUGGACCUUAGACUGAGGAAGACAGAUAAUCACACUUCCCAGGAGAUUGAAGUUCAGAAGCUGAUCGCAUCAGUACAGUCAUGGAGGAGUGUUGUCAAUACGAUCGUGCCAACGCUAUUGAUGCUUUUCAUUGGAGCGUGGAGCGAUAAAACUGGAAGAAGGAAGAUUUGUAUGCUGAUGCCAAUUUUUGCUGAGCUAAUGACGUGCCUGCUUAAUAUAAUAAACACAUAUUUCUUCUAUGAGAUAUCAGUGGAAUGGACUGUGUUAAUAGAUAUUAUAUUUCCAUCGCUCACCGGUGGCUGGUACACAAUGUUUCUCGGCUUCCCUAUAGGAAUGGGUUUUAGUGGGGUUUUGAUAAAGUAUCUCGGCUACUACGGUGUGUUUAGCAUAGCGGGUAGCAUUCACUUGUUCAAUUUUUGCUAUCUUUACUUCACUAUAGAAGAUCACACGUGGCUUGAAAAUAAACAAAAGAAAAAGCGCUCGGGCUGUAUUGGUUUUCUUAUAGAGUUCUUUGACGUUAAAAGUCUCAAAGAAACUUUGGGCAUAGUGUUCAAGAAAGGAAGGAAUAACAGAAGACUUCAUCUCUGUUUAAUUCUCACGUGCGUCUGUUUACAUUUCGGUCCAUUGAUGGGUGAACUAAGCGUCAUGUACAUCUUCGUAAGAUACCGCUUCAACUGGGAUGAAAUGCAUUAUAGUAUUUACUCAACCUACAGUCUUAUUAUGCACUCCAUUGGCACUAUAUUCUCAAUCAGCGUGUUCAGUAAAAAAUUGAAAGCUCAUGACUCCGUAUUGGGUAUAAUCUCGGCGGCCAGCAAGAUAGCCGGUGCCUUGGUGCUCACUUUCGCUGUAAAGGGCUAUCAGGCGUAUCUUUGUCCUCUGGUUGAGAUCUUAAAUGGAACUUCAGCAAUUGCUCUGCGAUCCCUCUCCUCCAAGUUGGUGUCAUAUCAAGAAUUGGGUAGAUUGAACUCGCUGUUUGGACUUGUGGAAACUAUCAUGCCUUUGAUAUACGCACCGGUAUAUACAAAGGUUUACGUUGCGACCCUCCAUUUUCUUCCGGGAACAGUGUUUCUACUAAGUAUUGCAUCAACAGUGCCUGCUUUGAUUAUAUUUAGUUGGUUCUAUUAUGACCAUCGUAAGGGAGCAAAUGAGAGAGAAUUACAGACUAUAACAAAAUCGGAUGAAGCUGAUAAAGCCGGCCAUGCCCAAAUACCAUAUCAUGAGUCUCAAGUCGAAUGUCUCCUCCAUGAAGAAAAACGAUCAGCAUCAAUCAAUCAUAACUUAACGAAUGAU